CGAGCGUGAGAGAGAGAGAGAGAGAGAGAGAAAGAGAGAGAGAGACUGACUGACUACCUGCUUGCGCGCAAUUCUUGGAGGACUCGGAAGGACGCGCGUUCUCUCGCCGAGCAACAAGCCAAGAGACACCAAAAAGGCAAAGACUCGGAUGCCAGCUCUCACCGGUGGAGUAAUAUAACCAGCCGAAGAGUAAACGUGCAGCAAAUCAACAAGCCAUGUAUCUAAACAGAGAAGAGGAGCAUGUGAAAGGCUCAGUGGCUCUGAGUGUGUUCCUGGUGUCACUGGCAGUAACAGUGUGUGCCGUUUGGCUGGUUGCUCUCUGCGGCGUCUGUGGUUGGUGUCAACGCAAGCUGGGAAAAAGAAACAAACCAGGCGUCGAGUCGGUGGGCACUCCAGAUUCCGCUCGAGGCCGAGGAGAGAAGAAAGCCAUCAAUGAUCUAGACAGAGACUUUUGGAAUAACAAUGACAGCAAUUCAGAACAGCAGCGGUGGAGCUCCUACCCGCCCAAGGAGUUUGUACUAAACAUUUCUCCCUAUGCCCCUUAUGGAGACCCUCGCCUCACGCUCAAUUAUACAGACUCCCCCCUGACAUCUAUGGAGCACAUCCCAUUGACAGGGGGCCUGCAACGCCCUCGGACUCUGCUGAGGCAGCAGAGCCUCCAGCAGCCACUUAUGCACCCUCCGACCUCUGCCCUCGGAGCACGCUCAGCCAUCUCACAGAGCUUGGGCCAGCUCCACCCUCAACCUGGGACAGAGGGUGGAGGAGCAGGGCCAGGGGGAGGUGAAGGAGUAACAGCUACAUCUCAACGGGGAGGAGCAUCGACACGAGCCGCUAGAGGCACCACAGCGGGGGGCGGAGCCUCAAGCCAAAGGUCGGGAGGUGCAGAAAGUCGAGCAACGCGGGAAAACCCGGGAAGCUGGGACCACAUGAUGGGUCAGAUGAAGAAUCGUGGCCUGGAUGUCAAAUCUUUCCUGGAAGGCAAGAUGGUGGUUCUCUCUCUGGCGAUCGGACUGGCCGAGCAGGAUGAUUUUGCCAAUCUACCUGACCUACAGGAGGUACCCCCCAGUCAAGAAGCCCCUGCUGAAAAGAGUAGGAAUAUGGGAAAUAAGCCAGGAAACAGUCCUAAAAGUCAUCCUCCAGAUGCUGAUGGCCAUUCCUCUGUCUCUGAUCUCGCUAAUUCACUCACAGGAGACAUGGUUAUGUUAUCUCCUGGCUCUGAUGAAGAUCAUGAAGGUCCAAUCAGUGAAAAGCUGGGCAGAAUUCAGUUCAGCGUUGGCUACAGUUUCCAGGACUCCACACUUACUGUCAAAAUUCUAAAAGGCCAAGACCUGCCCGCUAAAGACUUCUCUGGAACCUCAGAUCCCUUUGUAAAAAUCUACCUACUGCCUGACAAAAAGCACAAACUGGAGACCAAAGUUAAGAGGAAGAACCUUAAUCCUCACUGGAAUGAGACGUUCCUGUUUGAAGGGUUCCCAUAUGAGAAGGUACGAGAGCGAAAACUCUACAUGCAGGUGUUGGAUUACGACCGCUUCAGCAGGAAUGACCCGAUAGGAGAGGUGUCCAUUCCACUAAACAAAGUGGAGCUGGGCCAACACCAGACCUUCUGGAAGGACCUGAAACCAUGCAGUGAUGGCAGUGGGAGUCGAGGAGAUCUGCUCGUGUCUCUCUGUUAUAAUCCUACUGCUAACACCAUCACUGUCAAUAUUAUCAAAGCACGCAACCUUAAAGCCAUGGACAUUGGAGGCACAUCAGACCCCUACGUGAAGGUGUGGCUCAUGCACAAAGACAAGCGUGUGGAGAAAAAGAAGACGAUAACUAUUAAACGUUGUUUGAACCCAGUCUUCAAUGAAUCCUUCCCCUUUGAUGUCCCUGCACAUGUACUCAGAGAAACUACCAUCAUCAUCACCGUCAUGGACAAGGACAGACUGAGCCGUAAUGAUGUCAUCGGCAAGAUCUAUCUAUCAUGGAAGAGUGGCCCAGCAGAGGUGAAGCACUGGAAGGACAUGUUGAGUCGGCCGCGCACCAACGUGGCACAGUGGCACGCGCUAAAAGCUUGAGACCCUUACUUCAUUCCACCCUGAUCCCAUAACCUCUAACCUUUGACCCUUGAUGCCCAUGUCCCAUCCUUAUGCACAAGACUGACUCGCUGCCAGGCUGCAAAACACGGGUGGGAGCGGUCCAGGCGAUACUGGAGAUUGGGACACUUACGUUUUAGAAGCCCUGGAACCGACUCCGUUCGUCUGGACAUGUGUUAUGUGCUGAUGAACAUUAACUUCCUUUACUUACGCUGUAGUAUUUUGUUACAUUGCUGAUUGUAGUUUGGGGUACUGGUAUUAAAACCCUCUUUCAUUGAUUUCUGUUUCUGAGCUUGAUUUCCCGAGUAGUGGUUCCAAACUAACCUCUAGGGGUUGUUUGAAUCCCCAUAACAGUACCAACUGGCCCAUUAUGGAACCCUCGGGAAAUCAGCCCGGAUCAGAUCCCGUUGCGCCCGCGUUUCCACCCGGAGCUAAUUCCCAAGACCCAACAAUGGCGUCCCUCGUGGAGAGCAACCGUGAGAUCGUACGUUUCGUGUCGGAUCUGGCACGUCAGGUGCAACGUAUCUCGGAAGCCAUCGCGGCACCUGCCCCCCCGUUUCCAUCUCCGUCACGACCGGCUUCGUCGGGAAUUUUCACGGCCGACGCUGUUCCGCUACCUGCCGACUCACCUCAGGUGGGAGCGGUCCAGGCGAUACUGGAGAUUGGGACACUUACGUUUUAGAAGCCCUGGAACCGACUCCGUUCGUCUGGACAUGUGUUAUGUGCUGAUGAACAUUAACUUCCUUUACUUACGCUGUAGUAUUUUGUUACAUUGCUGAUUGUAGUUUGGGGUACUGGUAUUAAAACCCUCUUUCAUUGA